AUGGCUGGGCGAGUGCACACGCUUUACGAGGCGGUGGCAGUUCUCGCAGACGGAAGACGUAAGCCGUGCUACCUGGCGUUGGUGAAGCAUGAGCCCACCCCCGAAUACGCUCUGUUGUCGCUGGUGAAGGAGGACGGCGAUUCUGGACCCUACCUGCGAACAGCCGAGGUACUCCCGGUGUACGAGGACCUGCGCCACACCCUCCGCGGCGAGACGACCAUGGAGCUGUCUUUUGGAGCACGCAGCGACGGCUCGCUCUUUGCCUUCCAAUUUCAGAGCGCCGAUUGCGCUCUCAACGUCAAGGCCCACCUUACCAAAGCGAUUCGCCUAGCACAACAAGACAAUUUCGUGUUCAACGGACCGUCUCACGCAUGGACCAAGCCGUACAUCAGCAAAGAAUCGAAGAGCGGGGGUCAGUACUUGUCGCUCACGGGUCUCUCCGUGCAUUUCAUGUUCCUCACUCACGCGCACGUGUGCACGUAA